GAAAUUUGUGAAAAUAAUUUUAUCAGAGAUUGAUAUAAAUAAUUAAAAAAUGGGCCCUAAACAGAAACGAACUAGAAGACCACCACAUAAACCAGUACGUACUGUGCAAGAAUUGAAAAAAGAAGCAUUCUCUAAUGAACUUAAGCUUAGUACUUUGAACACGAAACGUUAUCAAAGUUUGUGGAGAGAAAUGCUUACACGUAUAAAAAUGCCGGAUAUCUAUAAAAAGAUCAACAUAAUUUGGCAGACUUCGGAACACGUUUUCGAUCUCAAGGACUACAGCAUCAGUUUAUUACUGGAUAGUCUACAAGAAGCCGAAGAUCAACGUCGUAGAGCAAAUGGUACUCACAUAGAAAUAUUCAAUCGAUCCUUGGAAGCACAUGAAGCUCGGCUAGCAGAUAUUUAUAAUUUUUUCCAUCAAAAAAUUAAAACAGCGUUGGCUGAUAAAAUCUUUACCUUCGAAAAUAUUAAUUAUCAUCGAAAUCAGAAAGAAAAUAUUUUACGAAAAAUUAACUUAUUUGUAAAUCAACGAGGAGAAAAUGUCGCAAAUGUCGCAAGAAGUACUGCCUUUAGUAGAAUUGAUGCAUUUGUGGAAGAUAGAGAUAACGAAAAAAGAACAACUAUAACGUUACUUCAAAGGAAACUUGAAUAUCUUUGGAGCAAUUUGCGAAAUGUUUAUUCUGAUUAUCGCAAAAAUACAGAUAUGCGGCGAAAGGAUUACGAGAUAAUCAAGAACAAGGAUCAUAUUGAUCAACAAAUAAUAACUAAACAAUAUCUUCGUAUCGCGAAUCUUCUUGAUGAGAUCGUGAAAUAUCGUAAUAAAAUUAAAUUUCAUGGAAGAGAAUCUGGAAAUGAAUUAGAAGAAAUUUUACGAGAAUCAAAUUUCUUUCAUAAUAUCUACAGAGAAGCAAAUGAACGUUUUAUUCUUGGUCACAAAAAAGAUAAACAUAGAACGAUGACAAUGUGUAAAGAAUAUAAUCAUAGUGUAAAACAUAUGAAAGCUUUGAUGGUCAAAGCUGAACGCAUACUUGCUUAUAUGCAAAUGUGUCGAAAAUAUGAAACACAAGAUGAAAAAAUUCUUCCCAUAAUGAAUAGUUAUCCUAUGCAAUUAUCAUUAACCGAUGAUAAUGAUGUUAUUCCAAUUCAAAUGAUUACGAAAGACUUUGAACAAACGAUUAAUUUUUGGCGUCGAUUAGGUUUUGCACAAUUAAUUACUACAGAACUUCAAACUCAAAAAGAUAAAUUAUUGAUGCAAGCAAAUGAUCUACGAAAAUUAGUGAAAGAUUAUCUUACUGAUCAAACAAAUUCAACAUAAUUCAAUAUGUCUAAGUCAAUAAAUCAAUACAAAAAAACCUUAUUAAAAAUUGAUUUAUUAUUAGUACAAGUGGAUAUCAUUGAUCAUAGCCAUUUUAUAUGUGGAAUAAAGCAAAAAGUAGAAAUGUGAGUAAAUUUUAAAUUUCUUAUGCAUUUCUGAAACGAAAAUUAUAAUUAUACAUAUGUUUAGAUAUAUUUCAAUCUUAACAAAUAAAAUAUAUAAAAAUUACAAUAUACAAUUAUUAUAUAAUUGCAAUUUUAAUUUUUUUCACAUUUAAUUACAAUGAAAAAUAGUAUUGCUAUUUCUUGUAUUAACCGAAAAUUACACUACUAUAAAUACAAUAAAUAUCAUUUCAUGAAAACAUGAAA